AUGUCAAUGCAAAAUUCAAAUUUCUAAUAAGAGAAUGUCGCAUCAAGUGACUUUUUAUCUGAAUAUUAAUACAAAAAGAAUCAAUCAUAAUAGAAUGAAUAUUCAGGCAAGAAUAGCUAACUCAAAAAAAAUAGCAUCUAGAAAGAAUAAACACCAAUAUAACUUUAAAGCAAAAAAGAAAAUUAAGUGGUUGCAUCAAUCCAAGUUCAAGAAAAUGAUACAAAUUAAUUUUAUAUUUCUAAAAGAUAAUCUGCAAAAUCUUCUUCUUUAGAAAAAAAAUAAGCGAAUUAACCUAAUAUAAUUUAAACUGAAGAGCCAUAGCAAUAAACUCAUUUGUAAGUUCGUAAAAAUUCACAACUAAAAAUUUAGCCUGUUUUCUAAGUAAAAAUUUAAAUUACUUAAUACAAUAAUAAUAAUGAAUAGGUAACUGAAUAAUUAUUUACACCUUAAAAUACUGCUCAAUAAAUGAAGGACAUUUUCAAGAAGGAGUAAAAUGAAUUAAAACCCGUCCAAUUAAUUUAAUCAAAUAUCUUCUAAUCAUAAAGUAGAGAAAUAAUUAACAGAAGAUCAACAAAUCAAAGGAGUGCCUCUGAGUUUAAACAGGAAAACUCAGAUAUGAGUUAUUAAGAGCAAAAGUUGACCAGCUAUGAAAUAAAAAUGGGGUUGAAAGAUGACCCUAUGAUGAAGGAAAAACAGGAUAUAUUAUAAGAUAUCCAUGAGAUACUAAAACAAUCGACAAUUAAAUCAACUAAUAAACGUCAUUCAAUUUUAGAAGAUUCUCUUUAAUUGUGUUUAUUAUUAUUACCUGACAUAAGACAAUCCGAGCAUCAAUUGCACUCAAUAGCUUUUUAUGAAGAAGUAAAGUAGCGUUACUAGUUGGACAGGAGCUUUUAGGCAUUUAAAAGAAGGUAUUUAUCAAACAAUACUUAGAUUUUAUCAUAUGUAAAUAUUUGCGGAUAGUUGGACUGUGUAAAAUUUGCAGUAAAUGCACUCGAUAUUAAAGAAUUCACAAGAUGUUCAAUUAGACUCAUAUCAUAUAAAUUAUAGUAUUAUAAACAAAAGGAUUGAUUUUCCUGAUCAGAAUUUUAAGAAGAGGUCACCUGAGAAACCGAGGGCAGUCCAAUAAAUAAUAGCGAAUUCAUAGACUAAAAAGAUUGUGUUGUCAUGUAACUCAUAUUUAUGAUAAUAAUUAGUAACCACCAAAACUCUGAUUUAGUAUGUGAAUCUGACUGCAAAGGAAAUUGACGAGGACAUUUAAGAGUUUGAUGAUGAGUUGAAAUUCAUCGAUAUGAUUCUGAAAUUAAUUCCUCUCGCUUUGUGA